AUGAGUAAAUCAUAAAAAGAGGAUAAUUUGAAGUCUUAAAUAGAGACUGAAAGAGAAGAUAAAAAAAUUUGUGGGAUUGUCAAUUUCACAUUCAAAUUUCGAGAAGGUGAAUAAUUAGAAUACAAAGUUGAUGAUUGCUUGAUAGAAAAUCAUUACUUGAUAGAUGGCGAUUCCAAAGAUUUUAUUUGUCCAGAUGAUCUGAAUAUUAAUUAUUGUUAUUUAAAUGAACAAGGAGAAUAAAUUUAGUUAGAUGUAGAAGACUAUGAGAUAGAUAAUAUUUCUGACCUUGAUAGUAGUUUUUAGUAACAUCAAGGAGAAACUUCAUUUUUUUUUGUAUAAUAUAUGGUAAUAAGUCCAAAUCAUUAAUUUAUAUUUUUAUGUGUAGAUAUAAAAAUGGUAAAUUAGAAAGAGUCAUAUAGAAUGAUAGUAAUUGAUAUUAAGAAUUAAGAGGUUAGGAAAUAAUUUUACAUAAAUUAUUUUAUAGGAUAACAAAAACCAUAAUUUUCAAAUGAUGGUAAUGUUGCAAUUAUAGAUAUUUCUAAAAAUGAAAAAGGAUCAAGAUAUUUAUUUUUUGAUCUUUAAAAUGAUUGUUAAAAUGUUUCAAUCUUUCAAUUUGAUUAACAUUUAUUACGGAUAGAAUAUGAUGAGAAAUCUAAGUGNUAAAUAAUGACAACUUCACAUAUAGAUAAACUUGAAUCUAAUAUUGCUUUACAUUCCUUUUUCAGCAGGUCCAAAGAAUUGCAUAGGAUAGCAUAUGGAAUUGAUACAAACAAAAAUAAUUCUAUCUUUAAGUAAAAAAUAGUUUAUUAUAUAGCCCAAUAUACAUGUAGUACCUAAAUUGA